AUGGCCUGGCUGUGGCUGCUCUGUGCACUGCUUCCUGCCUUCAUGGUAUCUGUGACAGCCAACUCGCCACCAGAGUUCGGGGACAAUAUGUCAGUAGUGACUCUGCCAGAGGACUUACCAGUGGGUGACGUGGCCUUCUGGUUAGUGGCUUCAGACAAUGAUAAUGACAAACUGACCUAUGGGAUUAGUGGCCUAUAUGCCAGCUACUUCUCCGUCAACCCAGACACUGGGGAAGUGACGCUCGUCAGCCCUUUGGACUAUGAGACACUUCCUUACUUUGGGAUCACCAUCUCCGUGAGUGACGGUAACAUCCAAAGAACAAAGAAUAUGCAGGUGAUUGUGGAGGACAGAAAUGAUAAUGCACCUGUUUUCCUGAACACUGAAUUCUCCACCAGCAUCAAUGAGACCCUGCCAGUCGGCUCCGUGGUGUUCUCUGUGCGGGCUGAGGACAAGGACACGGGGACAGCCGGUGUAGUGCAAUAUUUCAUAGAGAAGGUCAUCCCCAGCACAGACAACAGCAUCAACCUCUUCCGCAUCCUGGUAAACGGCUCCAUUGUGCUCAAUGAGAACCUCAACUACAACAGCAAGAGUCCCUUCUACCAGCUAGAGCUGAAGGCCUGUGACUCAGGGGGAAUGUUGAAUAAUGACCCUAAUGUCCAACAAUGCUCCCAGCCGGUCUUCGUGUCCAUUACGGUGAUUGAUGAGCCGGACCUGGACCCUCAGUUUGUCAGGGAGUUUUACUCAGCCUCUGUGGCUGAGGAUGCUGCCUUGGGGACGUCCGUGCUGACCGUGGAGGCCGUGGACGGUGACAAAGGCAUCAAUGACAACGUGACCUACAGCAUCUCCAACUCCACGAUGUCUGGGUGGUUCGACAUCACGAAAAACGGGGUCAUCUUUGUCAGUGGCUCCCUGGACAGAGAACAGCUGCUUCAGGCUAAUGAAGAAGUGCAGAUACAGGUCACGGCCACUGAGGAGCAUCCUAACAUCUAUGGGCAAGAGGCCAAGGUGAGCACGUGGGUGACAAUCAGGGUGACCGAUGUCAACGACCACAAGCCGGAAUUUUACAACUGCAGUCUCCCAGGCUGUUCCUUCAGCCCCCAGGAGGCCCAAGUCGACUUCACAGGCGAAGUGGAUGAGCACGCCUCUGCCCGAAUCUCCAUCGAUGGCCUGACCAUGGUGGCCUACGACCCAGACCAGGGUGACAAUGGUACCUUCCUGCUGUCCCUGAAUGGCUCAGAUGCUGAAGCCUUCAGUGUGUCCCCAGAGCGAGCGGCAGGGUCUGUCAGCGUGCAGGUGGUGGUGAAAAACUCAGAGAUGGUGGACUACGAGAAGAAGACGGAGAUGAUUGUGGAGGUUGUGGCCACUGACUCGGUCAGCAAUGACUACUCUGUCGCCACUGUGACCAUCCACCUUAGAAACAUCAAUGACCACAGGCCCGUGUUCUCUCAGAGUCUGUAUGAACUUACUGUGUGGGAGAACUGUACAACAGCUUCUCUGGCCCCCAACAACACCAUCCAGGCUACAGACCUGGACGGGGAUGAAUGGGGUCCUAUCACCUACAGUCUGCUUCCAGGAAAUGGAGUGGACCUGUUUGAAGUAGAUCCAAACUCGGGGACAGUGACGGUGAAAAACGGCUCGCUGCUGGACCGGGAGAAGCAGGCUGUGUACUACCUCACGCUGCAGGCCACUGACGGUGGGAACCUAUCUACCACCACCACCCUGGAGAUCACUCUGCUAGAUGUCAAUGACAACGCACCCGUGAUCCAAGGCUCCUACAAUGUCUUUGUGCAGGAGGAGGAUGGCAAUGUCUCUGUGACCAUCCAGGCCUAUGAUGAUGACCAACCAGACACUAACAACAGCCGCCUGCUCUUCAGCCUGCUUCCUGGGCCCUAUAGCCACAACUUCUCCUUAGACCCCACUACAGGGCUCCUCAGGAAUCUUGGGCCCCUGGACCGAGAGGCCAUUGACCCUGCCCUGGAGGGCCGUAUCGUGCUAACUGUGCGCGUGUCUGACUGCGGCGAGCCUUCCCUAAGCACUGAUGUCAAUGUCACCAUCACGGUGGAGGACAUUAAUGACAACCUGCCUAUAUUCAACCAGUCUUCUUAUGAGUUCUAUGUGAUGGAGAGAGACCCAGGAGCGUCAGUGGGCACAGUGAAGGCCCGGGAUGCUGACCAGACAGCAGCCAACAACCGUGUCAGCUUCAGCCUGUCUGGGAGUGGCGCCAACAACUUUGUACUCCAAGGCAAUGUGCUAGAGCAAGGCUGGGCAGAGGGCAGCCUCUGGCUGCUCCCGGAUGUGAGCCUGGAUUAUGAGACCCAGAAGCUCUUCAACCUGACAGUGAGUGCUGAGAACCCAGGCCCCCAGGGCCUCAGUUCUACAGCAAAUGUCAUCGUGGCUGUGCUGGAUGUGAAUGACCAGCCGCCCACCCUGGAUGCAGCCUCACUCCAGAGCAUCUCAGUGGCUGAGAACGGCUCUGAGCACGGCCAGGUGGCUCAGGUGAUUGCCCAGGAUGUGGAUACGAAUGCCUCGCUGAUGAUAGAGCUAGUGAACGUCAUCUGCACCAAGGCCGGCGUCGAUGUGGGCAGCGUGUGCCACGGCUGGUUCUCGGUGGAUGCCAACGGCUCUGUGUACAUCAAUCAGAGUGAGGCCAUCGACUAUGAGGCUUGCCACCUGGUCACGCUGAUCGUGCGGGCACAGGAUCUCAACACGGAUCCCCGCUUUGACCCUUACAGCAGCAAUGGAAGCCUUGCCAUCAACAUCGAGGACAAGAAUGACAACACCCCCUAUUUUCUGCCUGACAACAAGACCUUCGUGAUCAUCCCAGAGCUCGUGCUGCCCAACCAGCAGGUGGCUUCUGUCCAGGCCAGAGACGAGGACUCAGGAGACAACGCGAUCAUCAAGUUCUCCAUUCUGAAAGCAGAUUUUGUCCGUGAGGAUGGGACUACCAACUCUGUCCAGGUCUUCCGGAUUACCCAAUCAGUGGAAGCUGGCCUGUUCACUGGCAGCAUUGAGCUGGUGACCAGCCUUGAUUCUACUAUCCAAGGCACAUACCAGGUGACAGUCCAGGCCCAAGACCAGCCUGCUGUGGGUCCUGCCCUAGAGACACAGACCACUCUGCAUCUCUUCACUGUGGACCAGAGCUACCGUGUGAGGCUGCAGUUCUCCACCGACAAGGAGGAAGUUGGAGCCAAUGUGGAGGAGAUCAAGGAGGCUCUUAUCCAGGCGACCAUGACCUCUGUCUACGUUGUGACAAUCCAGAACAUAGACUCUAUGGCUCGGGCCCGAGUCGUCUCCUACAUGGACGCCUACUUUGUUUUCUCCAAUGGGACAGCCCUGACACUUACUGAGCUGAAUGUGAUGAUCCGGAGAGACCAGGACGCACUGAGGCAGCUGCUGCAACUGGGGCUGGUGGUGGUGAGCUACCAGGAGAGUCAGGAGUCUGAUCAGUCACAAGUGUUCACCAGUGUCAUCAUAGGACUGGUGGUGUCCUUGGUGCUGGUCCUUGUGAUUAUGAUUACGGCCCUUGUGUGUAUGCGGAAGAGCUACCACCGGAAGCUUCGAGCUAUGAAGGCUGGCAAGGAGGCCCGGAAGACACCGAUAGAGACGACGACUCCAACUGCUGCAAUCCCGGGGACCAACAUGUACAACACUGACAGGGCCAACCCCGUGCUGGACCUCCCUACCAAGGAUCUGGGAUUGGAGUGCCACUCCUCCAGUGACUUGGACUAUCACAGCCUCAAUUCCCUAGACGAGAACUCUGUGGACUUGGACAUGGACAGUAAAGAAUUCAAGAGGAAGGAUCUUCCACACAGCUCUCCUGAGCCUGAUCCAGAGCCCCUGACUGCAGUGCUCUCAGGAAGGACAGCAGGCACCAGUGGGAAGCAGAAGGAGAAGCUGGCCUUCACCAACCCCGGCCUGGACACCACAGAUCUGUGACAGAGCCCUUCCUUCUCCAAGCUCAAAUCACACA